AGAUGGCCUUCGAAGAGAGGGAGAAGGAAAAAACGAAAACAAAGAAGACCUAAGGGAAAGAAAAAAGAGAAAAGAUCGAGAGAGAGAGAAUGAUGAAGAAGCAAGUGACGAUAGUGGCUGCUCUUCUAAUUCUGGUGGCAUUGUUUUCCAACAUGGAUAUGGUGGCGGAGGCUAAAUUAGGCCCGGGACUAUAUAGAAAGUUAGGCGCAGAAAACUGCUACGACGCUUGCACCACCGGCUGCGUCAAUCCUGACAAUAAAAAGCUGAUCCGAUGCCAUCACAAAUGCUACGUUCGGUGUGGCGGUACAGGAGCUGAAAAGAGUGCUAGUCCCAGCACUGGUAGUAGCAGCAAAUGUGCCAAACAGAAGUGUAUUCUGUUGGAUAUUGAUAACUUUGGGCAGAGAGUUGCAACCGGUCGUGUAUCCUCAACUGAUCCAGCAGAGAAGGUUCAUUUCGUCCCUUUAGGUCCCAAUGCUAGCAAGGUAUGGGUAGAGGUUUCAAAGGUUGAUGGUGCUAGAGUAUGGAGAGCAAACUCUGAGGUUGAAUUCAUAGCUGAUGCAGUCGGAACCACUGUGGCUUGGCCUAAUGACAAGAUUAUAUUCAUUUGAGGCUGACACAUUUGAAUUUUAUGUAGUACUAUGAACUUGUAUCUUUAGAAUGUUUGUGGCUUUGUAACAUUCAAUCUUAUUGGAUAUUUUAAAUUUCUAUUAAAC